AUGGCAAAGGAAGGAGAGGCGGUAUGUGUAACGGGAGGGAGUGGCUAUAUUGGUUCGUGGUUGGUCCGUUUUCUCCUCGAACGAGGCUACACAGUCCAUGCCACCGUCAAAGAUCUAAGUACGCGCACACUCACAAAUCUUCGUUUUCAUCAACUUCUUGGAGUUUCUUUAUUAGGGUUUUUGCUCGUCUGUAAUCUCAAUUUCAGUAAAUUUUGUUCUGAUUUAGAUGAUGAGAAAGAGACAAAACAUCUAGAAGCCUUGGAAGGAGCGAACUCGCUUCUCCGCCUCUUUCAGAUCGAUCUUCUCGACUACGACUCCAUUGUUGCCGCCGUCAAUGGAACCGCCGGCGUCUUCCACCUCGCUUCUCCUUGCAUUGUCGAUGAAGUUCGAGAUCCUGAGAAUGAGCUAUUAGCUCCGGCGAUUAAGGGGACAAACAACGUUCUCACGGCGGCAAAGGAGCUAGGGGUUCGGCGUGUGGUCGUGACCUCAUCUAUAUCGGCCAUCACUCCAAGUCGUUAUUGGCCAGCUGAUGUUGUCAAGAAUGAGGAUUGCUGGACCGAUGUUGAAUAUUGCAAGCAUAAUAAUGUGGGAACCUCUCCUUUUUUGCACUUUGACUCUAUGAUUUUAUUCGUCGUUCUUCUUGUUGUAAUGCGUCAUAUGUUUAUUAUAGUCAAUCUUAUUGAUUAAUGGACAUUAAUUACUAUCAUUAUUGCGAAAGGAGAUUAAUUAUUGUCAUUAUUAUUUCACCAUUGUAAGCCAUUCUGAACUUAGGUUAUUACAAAUACUCAAGUUGUCAAAUUUAAUAAUUGAUUUUCUUUUCAUUCCUGGAAGAAUUAGUUAUUGAUUAAAAUCUGAUGAAAUCUUGUACUUCUUUUAAAUUGUAGUAUUUUUUUGUGUUGAGAUCACGUGUUAUCUAUAAUAGUUUGUGUUUCAUUUAACUUUUCUAAUAACAAUUCGUGUGAUCGGCGAGUUUGUCAGAAAUGGUUUUUUUCUACCAUAUACUUGUUGAAGGCUCUUUAGGAAAUAAUUGAGCUCCCUUUGCACAAGUUCAAUUUUUUUAUGUUGGGUGUCCUUUAAUUCUAGUUCAAUGAGGUGUAUUUGGGGUCUGUUGUUUUUUUUGUUUUUAGAUUUCUUCUGAGAAGUUUCAUUAGAGUCUAGCUUGUAGCUUAUUGUAGUUCUGUUGUGGUACUACGUUUGUACACAUAGUGUGUAUAUGUGCCGUGCCCUGCUUCCCGUGUUGGUGCCUCUUCAUUAAUGUUUCACUUGCCAAGAAAGGAAAAAAAAAUUGAUGGUGGGGUUAGCUGUGUUCUGUGGCAAGCAAACACAUCUAAUGCAGGUAAACUGGUUUCACAUUCACUUUCUUUUUUCUAUUGAUUGGGCAGAACCAUGUAAUCCCAAAUCUAACUUUCUAGUGAUGCUUGAAUCUUCAUAAUAAAAGCUUUAUGUGGUAUAGAGAUAUGCUCUUAAACUCGAGUCUCUGUGUAAUGUUUGUGUGCUUUUCCUUUUCCACUUAUCUUUCUUUAUACCUUAAGCAUUAAGAAUAAUUGUGUUUUUAGCUUUUGACAACUUGUAUUUGUCAUGGACUAGGUAUGGUACCCGGUUUCUAAAACAUUAGCCGAAAAAGCUGCCUGGGAAUUUGCAAAGGAAAAAGGUUUGGAUGUGGU